CGAGACCUCGGUUUACAGAAGUAUGAGUUGGAGGAUAAUGAGUGGGAAAUACUACAGCAAUUGCGUGAUAUACUAAAGAUUCUAAAGGAUGCCACACUUUACUUCUCGCGUGCAACACCUAACCUUGCGAAGGUGAUACCAGCAAUGGAUCACGUCGACAAGAUGCUCAUGUCCUAUUCACGCAACAAGAAAUAUCUGCCUUCAAUUCAUUCAGCAGUUUGGCUUGCAAAAAAGACACUCAACUGGUACUAUCAGCUCACAGACAGGUCUCACACAUAUCGGAUCUCCAUGGUGUUACAUCCCCAACACAAGCUAUUAUACUUCAAGGCAGCAGACUGGGAAGACAACUGGAUCCAAACUGCA